GUGCGCCAGGGCUGAAGCGGUGCCGGAGGAGUGGCCACGACCCAGCACAGGAUGCAGAGCUUCCUGACUCUGCUGAAGGAGCAUGAGGACACCCACGCACCCCCAGCAGAGCUGGUAACCCUUGCAGGCAGACUGUGCCGAGAUUUCCAGGAUGACCUUGCCCAAGUGCAGCCUUUGGUCGCAGCCAUUCUGGACAGCCCCCUCCGCCUGCACCUGCUGGACAAUGCAGAUGUGGCCCUGGCGUGUGCUCGUGUCCUGGACCAGCAGGAGCAGCAUCAGGCAGCUUGCCGGCUCCUGGAGGGGUGCCAGGUGCCAGGAGGCAGCCAGGAGCUGGUGCAGCUCUGGAACGACAUCCACUACCAUCUGGUCAUGAGGAGGCUGGGCGUGGCUGCGCUCACCCCGGUGCAGAAGUUCCGCUGCAGGAAGAGGAACCCUCCGCCCCCCUCCCUCUGCCCGGAGGGGCUGAAGAGCCGGAACUUCCCCAGAGAGGUGCGUGAGAAGCUGCACAAUUUCGCUGUGAGGGUGAACACCAACCCCAGCAAGACUGAGAGGGAGAACUUGGCAUUGGAGACAAGCUUGACCCCUGAGCAGGUGUACAACUGGUUUGCCAAUUACCGGCGCCGCCAAAGAGCCCUUCCCCAGCACAUGGAGCCAGCCCAGCAGGCCACAGCUGAAGACCCUGGUGCAAGGGAGAGGGGUCCUGACCUCCUGCAGCCCUCAGGCAACCCCCAUGUUGACUCUGGGUUUGUGGACAGGCCUCAGUGGUCAGAGGAACGUGAGGAAAAGGGGCCUCCACAGUCCCCACAGACCACCCAAGGACCAUGGGAGCCACUGGCCUUAGCCCCAGCCUUUCCUGCAGAUGAGACAGUCUCAAAGCCACUGGAUGUCAGUGGCUAUCCCCAGAGCGUGCAGUUGGAGGAGGGUCUGGGCACAAGCGGUGGACAGACAGAGCUACGGGUGGGCAGCUUCUUGGUGACACAGCCCCCACUGCAAGCUCCUGAGUUCAUCCUCACCCAGAGCCCUCUGGAGCUGGCCCCAGCCCCAUCUGCCUUCCCCGGCCCUGUGUCUGCCAUGGAGCUGAGCCAGGCCCUGCCCUCCAGCCAGGUGCAGUGUUCCAACAGCCAGGCCUCUGGUGAUGCCUUCUGGGGAGCCAGGAUGCUCCUUGAGUUUUCAGGGGGCAGCCUGGGCUGAACUCUCCUCAGGAGCCAGGCGGCACCCCAGGAGAAGCAGGUGUGGAUGGUCUGGCUGGUCAACACAAGGAGUUGCAGAGCUUUAUCCUGAACACAAAAUGAAGGUCCCUAGAGUUCCCCUGGGGGCUCUGCUGAAAAGCAUUGAUUCUUUCCCACUGCCAUGUUUGAAUAGUUGGGUUGGCAAUUCCCUGUAGUUGAGAAAUGUUCAUGGGAUCAGAAGUCAAAGGUGUCCCACUCAGGCAGCUCUGGAUCAGUCAGGCUCCGGGGCACUUGUGGGCAGAGAAGGCCAUUCUAGAGAGGGGAGUGUUCCGCUGCUGGCUGCCUUGCCAUCUGCCCAUGCACAAGGCCAGACUUCUCCACCAAGUUAACUGAGUGAGGUAUGAGGAGUGUCCUGAGAUUUCUGUGUGUAGGGACUUCGAGUACUGGGAGGCAGACCCGUCUGCGAAUGGCCCAGGCAGGGCAGAGUAGGCUGCGUUUUCCCUUCAGGUUGUAAUUCACUGUGUCUAUGACACAAAUGUUGUCAAUUAAAGUUUAAUGUUUUGAACUCCCUUGUAUUCACGUAACCAUGUAUCCUGGGCAUCUGUCCAUGCCAAAGUACAGAGAUGAACAUCAGCCUUUCCACCCGGGGCCAGCGUUUCAUGAUGUGGGUGAACAUUAAUCAUGCAGCAGUGUCCGACAGAUGGACAUCUGGAUGGUUUCUAGUGCCUGUUUUAUAUGCAGCAUUUGGGUGGGCAGCCCUGUCCUCUGCCCUUUGCCCUUCACCUGGUUAUUAUUAGGAUAAAUUCCUGGAAGCUGAAUUUCUGGGUCGGUUAUGGUAGCCCUAGGUGUGGACUGUGGGUUUUGGAGUGUCUGUGACCGACCUUGUGCUCACCUGGCCACGUGCCCAUCUCAGGGGAGAGCCACAAGUGGUCUGGGCUGAGGUCAAUAGCCCUUAACCCAGAGAAUUCAGACUCUGGCCCUGCUCUCAGGAGCUCCCAGGCUGCCCUGUGAGAGACAGGAGCACAAAUACCAACCUUCCUGUGGGGUCAUGGGUGGAACAGGAGGAGGAGCCAUGGCUGGGAGAUCUGACGGUGGGGGUCGGGGGAACAGGAGAAUCUUGACGGAGGUUGGAGAAGGGUAUUGUGAUAGGAAGGGAAUGAAGUAGUGUGGCAAAGAGAACAGGGGCUUUGGUAUCUGGCGACCAUUGCAUUGCUCACCUGUGGCCCCAUGCAUCCCUGGCAAUCCCCAGGCCUGGAGAAGCAGGAGGGCACUGGGACCAGCUUCCCAGCCAUCCUGAGUUUGAAGAAUGUGCUGCCAGCAGGGUGGUAUGGAGUGGAGGGCACAGCUGCUUGCCUACCUGUCGCAGGAGAACUGGCCCCCAUGUUCCCUACAGGCCGGCUCCCCCAGACUCAGAGGGCAGAAGCAGCGGCAGUGACUACUGUGCCUUGGGCUGCUAUGGGAGGCACCACCCUUUGGCCCUCCCAGGAAACACACAGAGCCUGGGCCUAACCCAGCCCUGGGCUGGGGCCUUUCCUGCAACCAGCAGGGCCCAGAGACCCAGCAAAGAGGCACUGGGUGCUAGCUGGUCACAGCCAGAGGCCCAGGCUGCACAAGGAUCUCCAGGGCAUGUUGUUCCCUCCUGUCCUCAGCAGGUCUGUCCUGAACGUUCUAGAGUCCUGACUCAGCUGUAUCAUGUCCCUUCUAGAGAAAACGGACUAAAGUCUCUGGAGCCAGCCCUUGGCUAGGACUGGACCUCCUGAAAGGGGAUCCCUAGCAGUGGCUGCAGGUCCUGCCAGGAUGGAAGCUGGAGGCUCCUCACUGUCUCUGUUCACCUGUGAGGAGCUGCUACCCACAGGCCCUUCCUUCCCGUCUCCUUUCUGGCUUUAUCCCUGGCCUCUGUGACAAUGGCAUGUGGCCCCACAGCCUGUUCUGCCCUCACCCCAUUAAAGGACCAGCUUGAGUCCAGUGGACACAGGUGAGGCACCAUAACCAAGUGGUGUGACCCCUUUCUGUGCCUUCCUGAGGCACCUGUCUAGAGAAUGAAGGGACAUAAUGGCUGUUCCAGUGGAUUGACGGCUGGGAGGAGGGGCCAAGAGAGGUAUGAGGGGUGGGGUUUGACCAGCCCUGGGCUUUCUGGACCCCAGGGACAGCAAGGUGGGGGCUCAGGGCAGCUCCAGUGACAGCAAGGUGGGG